GCAGAGCACUUUCACUUUGAGCGCAGUGAGGACACACAGGGUGGCCGCAGGGACAGACGCAGAGGAGGAGGAGGAGGAGGAGGCCACGGACUCUCCCGCUUUAACCAUUAACCAGCUUCCGAGCGAAAGGGGGAAGGACUCGCGUUGGGCUGCUCGGGAAGAUUCUAGGUCAGCGGUGAGAGAAAGAAAGGGAAAUCUAGUAUAAAAUAAACAAAAGCUUUCAUAGGAAAGAGCUGCAGCCACUCAGGCUUAAGUGGGAAAAACCCAAAGUUCGAGAGAGGGAGAUGGCGUGAUAAGUAAAUGAGACAUUUGUUGGAAAGCGCCUAAAGGGAGUCAAAAGUAAGGAAUGUUUCAGCGAUGUCAGCGAGAAGACUGAAUAUCAAACGGUGAAGGAGGAAAAAACAACAAAAAACAGACGUCAAAGACCCCUGGGAGCCACAGAAGAGGAACCUUUCCCUUUUCCAGAGUGACACAGAAACCCGUCUGCAGAGGGAUUGCCGUCAACAAGAGAAAUGGAGAAGGGUCCAUUCUUAGAAAGAUAAAAGGAUGUCACUGCCAGUUUUGCUGUUGCUAUCACUCUUGGCUGUCCGAUGUGGUGGAUGCGAGUAUGACUUUCAAGGUGUGAAAAACAUUAAAGCAACUAUCGACUCGAAUCCGACUGGAUUUCGGACGGUAUUUCCCCGGGAUUACUAUGUGGUGCACCGCUACACAAAAAACAUGCUCUGUAACUCUGAUCCGUGUUGUGUGUUCCCCGCCGCAGUGGUCCUCCUCGAGUCCUGGCAUGUGCUUCUCGGAAACCUCUGGGAUGAGCACCUGAAUCGCUCCUUAAUCCUCGACCUGAAGAUAACGCUGAAUAGAAUUAUACAAAAGAACAUCAACACAGUGAGGUUCCAGGAGGAGACGGACCUGUCCCAGUUCUCCACGCUGUCGUCGUCCCCCGAAGAACUGCUCAAGCUAACGUCAGAACUCCUCGCCCGAUGGCUUGAUGUUGGGUGCUUGCCUAUGAUCAGAACCUGCAUCCUGCCCACAUUCCCCCCCCUCGGUGGUGAGGAAGGAUUACGGCCCUUUCGAGGGCCCGGCUCUUUGACCACGCGAGCCCGUCAGCAGUGUGGAGGAGGAGGAGGAGGAGGAGGAGGAGGAGGAGGAGCAGGAGGAGCAGGAGCCUGACGAGAUGAUGGACAUUAAACUGCCGCUGUCUAGCGGUGGUCCUCCGUCCCUUUCAUAUUCCGUCCCCCUCUGGGGCCCCGUGCUAUUCAGACUUUACCGGUGGUUGUUGCCAUAGUUACCGAAAGAGGAUCUUUUUUUCUUUUUCUCGUUGUGAUGCACACAAAAUGCAAGAGGUUUCGUGGCACUGAAUGUGUGUUUUCUCAUGCUUGUGGCGUUUUUAAUACAGCAAGCUUUGUUGACAUGAAGUGGCAUGCACAGGUUAUAUUUAAUGUCCAAAGUUAGUUCACAUAGUUGUGCAACAGUACUCUGUAACAGCUGAUAUCACAGAUAAACGUAUAGCCGUCUUCUCUAGAGCAAGUCACGAGCUCUAACUAGCUACGCUCUCCAUGCUAACCAGAGAUAAAUGCUGAGCCCAUGCACAUAAACCAUUGUUAAUUGAUGUGGGAUUCAUCACUGUUUACAGUUAAUGUUAUGUAAAUGUAAGAUUUGGGCAUCUGCUUUUGUACAUAAUUGUAAAUUUAAGAUAUUUAGAUAUAUAUAUAUAUAUAUAUAUAUAUAUAUAUAUAUAUAUAUAUAUGCAUUGUUAGUUUUGGAUAUAACAUCCCAAGGAUUCUGAGCUGUAUUUAUUGUGGUAUUUGCAGUUUGACAUUAGUAAUGGAAGGUAACAAAGUACAUUUAAUCAAAUGAUGCUCAAUUUGGUAGUUCCACAUUGUAUAACCUUACACUUUAUUCUUUGCUACAUUUCCGAGGGACAUUUUGUCUGAGUAGUAUGAAUUUUACACACGCUAAAUUCCUCUGAGAGUUGGAGUUUACAGACGUGGUGCGUCGUUGAAAAUGAAACCACCUAAAAGUUUAUGAAGCAGUUAAAAAAGGCUCCCCAACCACUGUAAAAUGCAGCAUGUAAUAAGUAUAGUGUAACAAUCCCAGGCAGCACUUUUCUGCAUUUUGUUAUUUUUAUUUUUGAUGCUUUAAUGUAUUUUACAAAAACUACUCAAAUAGUUUCAUUUGAUUUUCAUUUUCAAAUACACAUUUUUUAAAACAGGAUAUGUAACAGCAUAUAUUUACAUUGCGGUAUUCCUAUUUUUGCUCAAGUAAAAGAUCUGUAUGACAGUAUAAAUGGCACUUUGAUUUAUUUUUUUGGACUUUGCAUUCCAUUAACAUGACAGAGUUUGUGUUAUGAGUCUGCGUUCAUGGGAGCUCAACCGCCUCUAUACUCUCUAAAAAACUCCCUCCCCGUGUUCAAAUACUUUACUUCUAUUUAUUAACUUUUGGUGCUCGCACUUGUCCCUGCAUGUGCACACCCACGCAUGUAAUGUGCAGCACUGUCCGCACAGGAAGAUCAUUGUUUUAUAGUCCUCAGAAUACAGAGGUAUGUAGUACUGGGGAAUACUGGGGAAACACACCUUUUGGCUUACACAUCAACUUUGAUUUGCCAUUGAAUUUGAAAGAAGGGGACAACCAAAGCAUGAAUGCAGAUUAUGAAGACUGAACAUAGUGCUCAAAGACAACAUUUUUACACAAUAAAGAAAACGAAAAUAAA